UUUACGACCGCGAGAUUAUUGCCACACAAAAGCGACAUCAACUAUUUCAAACCGCGUUAUUCCGUCCGUGAAAACGUUUCAAACGAGCCGGUCUUGAAUGAACCGCUGCCAUGUAAUUGAAAACAAUUAUCGUUAAUGGCAAAUUUUGUAAAGAUCCGAAUAGGGACCAGGAGGCUCGCAAUAAUGGCGUGUCUAACAGUCGGACUUUUGAGCUUCGCGGGGUUAAUAUUCGCCGUCACAGUGUCCACCCGCGCCAAGGAACUGAAGAUGGUCCACAUCAUAAUGAGGCACGGAAUAAGAACUCCGGCGGAUACCUACCCCAACGAUCCGCACAUUAACGACACCUUGUACCCCAUCGGUUGGGGUCAAAUUACAAACGAAGGAAAAGAGCAACUCUACGAGAUCGGUCGGUACUACAGGAGGCGGUACGAUGACUUUUUGGGCACUCAUUAUUAUCCCGACGAAUAUUACACCCAGACGACCGAUGUGGACCGCACCAAAACCAGUAUGCAGAUAGUUAACGCGGGUCUGUGGCCGCCCAAAGCUGACCAGCAGUGGGGCCCAUUAGAUUGGCAACCCAUACCCACCCAUUCGGAACCAUUAUCCUUGGACAGCUUACUUCUGGUCAGAAGACCGUGUCCCGUGUAUCAUCAGGAAAGGGACAAGGUGAUCCGGACGCCAGAAAUCCAACAGAAGUUCGAUGAGUAUCGACCUCUAUUCGAAGAUCUCACCAAUUAUACCGGAAAAGUUGUCGGAGAUUUCGACGACGUACAGGACAUCUUCAGCACGCUGCAAGCGGAGGAAAGCUUUAACUUGACCUUACCGGACUGGACCGAGGAGUACUACCCGAAAAAGAUGUUCGAGCCUACCAUAUUCAGUUACAUCCUAAACGCGUACAACGACAAAAUGAACAGACUCAAGGGAGGAGUACUGCUGAAACGGAUACUUCAGCAUUGGGAGGCCAAAGCGGCGGGCAACGAAAAACUCAAAGCUGUUUUAUACGGAGGUCACGAUUCGACCAUAGUCAACCUGAUGAGGACGCUGAAAGUGUGGGAUCCCCAGUUCCCGAACUAUUCCAUCACCAUACUCUUAGAACUAUCCGUCGACGAAACCGGGACAUACCAUGUAGAGGUGUUCCUUCGCAACUCCACGGUCGCCGAGCCUUACAAACUGACCGUGCCAGGCUGUGACGUCUCCUGCCCCCUGACGGAGCUAAAAAAACUAACGGAGGCGGUCGUCCCCGAGAACUGGGACGAAGAAUGCAAAGGAGACGACGAGAAUUACACGGUACCGCCCCCGGGAGGACCUUGACCGUGAUUUUAACCACGAAACGAAAGAAGAAACGAGAACAUAACCUACAUGGCCGAAUGAUCUUGGCAGUCCCGAGCGAUUCCAUUUAAUAAAAAAAAUUAUACGUAGAAAGUAUUAAAAAAUGUUUGUUUAAGAA